ACGCCUUGCAACUUUCUUCCUUUUUUAGUUCUACCUCAUUUUUUAAAUAAUUUUGUGCAGCUGACAUUGAGUUAUGAGAGCCUUUGUAAAUAGACUAAGAGCGAUUUCAACUAAAUUAUGUUUUUUGUAACAAACAAACCAAAAAAAUAAUAUUCUACAAAUUAAUAUUUAAAAUCUCACGUCUCACGUCCAGCCUUAGUGGGACUUUUUGAGGACUACUUUAACACAGUUCCCCAGUCAGCAAACCUCAGUGUCAGGGGCGCGGCCUCCCCUUGGGCUACCUGCUGGAUUGUGUAACGGGAGGACGGAGCGCUCCAUCAGGCCACAGCGGCGGAGAUGGCGGACGCGGCGGAGACCUCUAUCAAGGUGGUGUGCCGUUUCAGGCCGCUGAACAGGUCGGAGGUGGCCCGGGGAGACAAGUACAUCCCGAAGUUUCAAGGGGAUGACUGUGUGAUCAUUGCGGGUAAACCGUACUACUUUGACCGUGUGUUCCAGUCCAAUACAACUCAGGAGGAAUUCUACAACGCUGUGGCUCAGAAGAUUGUCAAAGAUGUGCUGGAUGGCUACAAUGGGACCAUAUUUGCCUAUGGGCAGACAUCCUCUGGCAAAACACACACAAUGGAGGGGAAUCUCCAUGACCCAAACAUGAUGGGAGUCAUUCCCAGAAUUGUUCAAGACAUCUUCAACUACAUUUAUUCCAUGGAUCAGAACCUGGAGUUUCAUAUCAAAGUUUCAUAUUUUGAAGUUUAUUUGGACAAAAUCAGGGACUUGUUGGAUGUAACAAAGACCAACCUUUCCGUACACGAGGACAAAAACAGGGUGCCCUAUGUCAAGGGGUGUACCGAGCGUUUUGUGUGCAGUCCUGACGAGGUCAUGGACACCAUAGAGCAAGGCAAAAACAACCGCAUCGUGGCUGUCACAAACAUGAAUGAGCACAGUUCCAGGAGUCACAGCAUCUUCCUCAUCAACAUCAAGCAGGAAAACACUCAGACUGAGCAGAAACUCACCGGCAAGCUGUACCUGGUGGACCUGGCUGGCAGUGAGAAAGUGGGUAAAACUGGAGCAGAGGGGACAGUGCUGGAUGAAGCCAAGAUGAUCAAUAAGUCCCUGUCUUCACUGGGAAUUGUCAUCUCAGCUCUGGCAGAGGGCUCGAGCUAUGUACCAUACAGAGACAGUAAGAUGACCAGGAUCCUGCAGGACUCUCUGGGAGGGAACUGUCGGACCACCAUGGUCAUCUGCUGCUCGCCCUCCGCUUUCAAUGACUCUGAGACCAGGUCAACGCUGCUGUUUGGACAGAGGGCCAAGACUGUCAAGAACACAGUGUGUCUGAAUGUGGAGCUGACCGCAGAGCAGUGGAAGAGCAAGUGGGAGAAAGAGAAGGAGAAGAACAAGACUCUAAAGAACACCGUCACCUGGCUGGAGACCGAGCUCAACCGCUGGAGGAACGGAGAGAGCGUGCCGGCGGAGGAACAGUUUGAUAAAGAGAAGGCCAAAGCAGAGGUGCAGGCCCUGGACACCGCACUCAACAAUGAUAAGACACCAGCUAAACCUGCCCUCAGCACGCUCCCUGGAGUCAAACUCACAGACGCAGAGAAAGAGAAGUACGAGGCAGAGAUGGCCAAGCUCUACAAAGAGAUGGAUGACAAGGACGAUGAGAUCAACCAGCAGUCCCAGUUGGUGGAGAAGCUGAAUGAACAGAUGUUGGACCAGGAGGAGCUCUUAUCCUCCUCCCGCCGUGAUCACGACAUCCUGCAAACAGAGCUAAACCGGCUGCUGGCGGAGAACGAAGCCUCCAAGGAGGAGGUGAAGGAGGUGCUGCAGGCCCUGGAGGAGUUGGCCGUUAACUACGACCAGAAGAGUCAGGAGGUGGAGGACAAAGCGAGAGAGUUUGAGGCUCUCAGUGAGGAGCUGAAUGAGAAAUCGAGCUCCCUGGCCUCCAUCGACUCUGAGCUGCAGAAGCUGAAGGAGAUGACCAACCACCAGAAAAAGAGGUUCACGGAGAUGAUGUCGUCAUUACUCAAAGACCUGGCUGAGAUAGGCAUCGCUGUGGGAAGCAACGACAUUAAGCAACAAGAGAGCAGCGGUCACAUUGAUGAAGAGUUCACUGUGGCCCGUCUCUACAUCAGCAAGAUGAAGUCGGAGGUGAAGACGAUGGUGAAGCGCAGCAAACAGCUGGAGAGCACCAAGGCCGAGAGCACCCAGAAGAUGGAGGAGAUGGAGUUGGAGCUGACUGCCUGCCAGCUCCGCAUCUCCCAGCAUGAAGCUAAGAUCAAGUCCCUGACAGACUCCCUCCAGAAUGUGGAGCAGAAGAAAAGACAGCUGGAGGAAAAUGUGGACUUGCUCCAUGAGGAAAUAGUCAGGAUCAAAGCCCAGGAGAGAGUCAACACCAUGGAGAAGGAGAAUGAGAUCCAGUCAGCCAAUGAAGUCAAGGACGCUGUUGAGAGACAGAUCCAGUCCCACAGAGAGACCCAUCAGAAACAGAUCAGCAGCCUGAGAGACGAGCUGGACACCAAGGAGAAACUCAUCACAGAGCUGCAGGAUCUGAACCAGAAGAUCAUGCUGGAGCAGGAGAGGCUGAGGGUGGAGCACGAGAAGCUGAAGGCUGCAGAUCAGGAGAAGAGCCGCCAGCUGCAGGAGCUCACGGUGCUGCAGGACAGGCGGGAGCAGGCCAGACAGGACCUGAAGGGACUGGAGGAGACUGUGGCCCGAGAACUGCAGACACUCCACAACCUCAGGAGGCUUUUUGUCCAAGACCUGGCCACUAGAGUCAAAAAGAACGCUCAGAUGGACUCAGAUGACACAGAAGGCAGCGCUGCCCAGAAACAAAAGAUCUGCUUCCUGGAGAACAACCUCGAGCAGCUCACCAAAGUCCACAAGCAGCUGCUACGGGACAACGCAGACCUUCGUGGUGAGAUCCCUAAAAUGGAGAAGCGCCUGCGGGCAACGGCUGAGCGGGUCAAAGCCCUGGAGUCUGCUCUGAAAGAGGCCAAAGAGAACGCGGCCCGCGACAGGAAGCGCUACGAGCAAGAGAUGGAGCGCAUUAAGGACGCUGUCAAGCCCAAAAACAUGGGAAGGAGACCCUCGAUAGCCAAGCCCAUCAGACCAGGCCAGCUGCCAGGAGCCUCUCUCAUCAACCCCAGCGUCAACAGGUCCAACCUCAUCAUCAAGGGAGGGGGCAACGGCAGCUCCUGAGGAUGCAACACAGUCACCCAAACAGGAAGCCAGAAGCCCAGAGACAUUUACAUUACAAAAUAUUGAACUUUUACCUGGAACCACUGCGCCAUUCUUCCAACAGCAAAGUGUGUAUAUACUAUUUAUAAGUAUGGCCUGUACUGUGCAGUCCUUCAAGCCUCCGACUCUAAAAGAAACCAAAACACAUUACUGCCUUGCAAAAUCAACACAUGACGUGCUGCUCUGCUAACAGCAGCUUACCCUGAACUGUGCGUAUCAGACCUUGAUGUUGUGCUGUACAGAGAAGAGAGAGCACUGGUCCUGUUGCUUUUCAUAUUUCUCGGGAUUCCUUUGGUUUUAGCACAGAUUGUGGAUUGGUUUUUGAACUGAGCUGGGGGCAAAGGAAGAUCACAGAAAUCUCUUAGUGACACUCUUCUGCCUGUGCAUCAGUUCACCCAAAAUCAAAAAUGCAUAUUUUUCCUCUUACCUGUAGAUGUAUUUAUCCAUCCACAUUGUUUUGGUGUAAGUUGCUGAGUUUUGGAGAUUUCUGCUGUAGAGAUGUCUGCCUUCUCUCCAAUAUAAUGGAACCAGAUGG